AUUUACUGUUCUAACCAUCGGUAAGCAAUGUUGGAUCCGGAUGCAGAGUAGGAUUUUUAAGUAGAUGUUUUUUAACAAAACUGGUGUGCCGAAAUUUUGUCAACAUGAUGGCUGCCGCCGGCGUCGGAAAAUCAGGCCUUUUGGAGGUCCUUGCAAGGGAUCAAUGGUGUCGAGUGUUGGCUACCCUGGAAGAAGAAACAUUGACCAUCAGUUUAGAGGAUGGAUAUGAGCCAAAUGGUGUUGCCAACGGAGGGGGAACGGGGCCCACCGAACAGAACAACAACCCCGGUAAAAAUGACUCGCUACGCCAUUCGGAUUACAUGCACGGAGUCCAAGGCCCGGACAACAUUCCAGAUGCUAUUGCCAACCAAAAACGUGUUGUUAAAGUCAUCAAACAUGAAGUUGGCGGCCUUGGUGUCAGCAUUAAAGGUGGGAAAGAGAACAAAAUGCCGAUUAUCAUCAGUAAAAUCUUCAAGGGACUUGCCGCUGAUCACACCGAGAGUUUGUAUGUUGGAGAUGCUAUCUUGUCCGUGAAUGGAGAGGACUUGCGGGACGCUACCCACGAUGAGGCCGUACGAGCGCUCAAAAAGGCGGGGAAGGAGGUGGUCCUUGAAGUGAAAUACCUGCGUGAAGUGACACCCUACUUCCGUCGUAGCACCGUUAUCGGAGAGGUGGGAUGGGACACGCCUUCACCGUAUGUCAUCAAGGAGCCAGGAGCCAACCCUCGCGCCACCCGUAACAACUUCACCGAGAUGCGCACCAUACCGCUUAAACUGUGCUAUGUAACAUCGAACUUGACCGUUAACGAUCCCGAACAACGGACGAUCGAGCUGCACUCCCCGGAUGGGAGGAGCUCAUGUAUAUUGAGGUGUAAAGACGCGACGAGUGCGAGUGAGUGGUUCAGUGCGUUGCAGGCCAACGUCUCGCUGCUGACGAUCCAAGCAAUCUCCGAAGCCAACGACAUCUUGAGAGCUACGCCAGGGAGUAGAGAGAUUAAACACAUGGGUUGGCUCUGUGAACAGACCCAUACAGAUACCGGUGGCUCAGCGUGGAAACCAGUCUUUGUUGCAAUCACGGACAAGGACAUCUUGAUGUACGACAGCGUCCCGUUUACGAGAGAGGAGUGGGGCAAAGCAUUUCUUGUCCAUGGGCUUCUUGCAACGAGGCUUUUAUACUCAGGUAGCCCUAAAGGCCUUGGACCACGCCACCAGGUUGAGCUUACAUUUGGUACUCGGACAGGUACCCGUAACGGGAUCGAGGCACACCUAUUCAGGGUGGAUACCCGGCGGGAUCUCGCUGCAUGGACUCGCCAUCUGGUCCAGGGUUCCCAUAAUGCAGCUGUGCUGAUGAAAGAGAUUGCAUGUUCUUCAACUUGGCAAGGCAAGGAAACAAAGCUCACCCUCCACUAUGAGAAUGGAUUCACGCUUACAAGCAACCCACAGGAGGGCCAGAUCAGCAGUAGUACAAAAGAAGUUUACUGGGUCUAUCCCUACGAGAAGUUACGUUAUUCAUCAGACGACGGCAAGAGACUCCUCUGGCUGGACUUUGGUGCAGGAGAAGGAGAAUUUGAAUUGGACCUACAUACCUGCCCCAAGCCCAUCGUUUUUAUCAUUCAUACUUUCCUCAGUGCCAAGGUCACACGGAUGGGACUCUUUGCAUGAUGGGAUAUAUGCAGUGCUUUUUGGGAGAUAAUCCAGUAGGACAAUUGAUGCACACAAAGAUUAUUCCGUGCCCUAGGAAUUCAGGCUGCAAAAUAUUUUCAUUGCCUCAAAAACUUGACAGCAUCCUAAGCUUCGGACUCCUUAGUGACAAAUCGUCACUGGAAUCGUCGUAUGGAGGAUACAUUUGGUGAUGACAUCACACUUUUUAGACUUGCUGUUGGUACAAGACGCAUACAUCAACUCUAUAUUUAUAAAUAUGGCACGCAUCUGCAAUUCAGCAACAGAAACUAUUUGGAGCAAGGGUGUAUUUUGUGCGAUUAUCGGCAAAAGGUUGGAGCUGGCUCCUGAGUAUUGGAUUUUUAAAUCAAAGCAGGAUUACCAACCAAAUUUCCAUUUGUUGAAUAUUGCUUGUUACUGGUAUUCAGCUGUUGUUUGCUUAU